AUGAUUGAAAAAAAUAAAUCAAUUCUCUUUCCUGCUGCACCAUUAUUAACAGUUAUAUUAGCAUUAAUUGAUAAGAAAAGAACUUUUUAUAUAAUUUUUAUUGUCUGGAUAUCUGAUCAAUAUGAUAGUAAACGUUGUCAUACACCAAUAAGCAAACGUCAUUGGGUUCGAUUUUUUAAUAUAUGUAUCAUUUUGGAUUUUAUGCAUAUCAUGCUCUUCUAUAAUGGUCAAUAUUCAGGUUUAACAUUAACAACACGUUGUUGUUUUAUUGUUGAUUGA